GUAAAUCUAGCCACACGUUGUGCUUUCUAUCCAGGUCUCUCUUCCACGUACCAACGGUUUCUGUAGCUAAAGCCCAAAGAGAGACGGGAAUGGAUUACUGCGCAUUGUUUGUAAAUCCCAACGCCACCUCAGUCUCUGUUUUUCCGAUUACUAUUAUCAAAUCCGUUAGAUUCAAAUACCCAUGUUUCCUCAAACAAUCCCCCGUCUCCGCAAACCUUUCUAUUACCUACGACGACGAAGCUGCCAACAAGAAAUCCUCGGUUCACCACGAUAGUCUCAGAGUUCUCGAAUGGGGCAGUCUCUGCGACGCCGUCGCAUCCUUUGCCGGCACUUCCUUGGGCCGCGAAGCUACCAAAGCCCAGCUGUGCUCUCUGAACCAGACGUACGAGGAAAGCCUGAGGCUUCUGGAGGAGACUAAUGCGGCCGUUGAAAUGCACAAGCACGGUGGUUGCAGGUUGGACUUCGGCGGCAUCGACGCAGUUCUCGUGAAAUCUGCUAUCCUACAAGCACAGAGAAGUUUACCGGUGGAUGGGAAUAAGGCGAUGGCUGUUGCAGCUCUACUACAGCUUGCUGACACUCUGCAGUUUAAUCUAAAAGCUGCCAUCAAGGAAGACGAAGAUUGGUACAGACGCUUUAUGCCUCUCACAGAAGAUAUAAUGGGAUUGGUUGUAAAUCGAUCAUUAGUGAAAUUCAUAUUGCAAGUAAUUGAUGAAGAUGGCUCGGUUAAAGACUCUGCGAGUUCAAUGCUGAAACAUGCACGCGAUCGAGUGAGGAUGCUUGAGAGAAAGAUAUAUCAUUUAAUGGAGAGCCUAAUUAGGAAUGAAAAGAGUGAAGCAUCGUUUCUGGAAGUGAGUAACAUUGACGGCCGGUGGUGUAUAAAAUCAGGGGCUGAUCGACUGACAAGUUUUAAGGGUCUACUGUUAUCCAGUGGUUCAUUCACAGGAAGCAUUGUAGAACCACUCUCUGCCGUUCCUUUGAAUGAUGAACUGCAGCAAGCAAGGGCAUCAGCAGCAAAGGCUGAGGCAGAUGUACUCUCAAUGCUAUCAGAAAAGAUGCAAAUGGAUCUUGAUGAAAUUGAACAGUUAUUGAACAUUAUAAUUCGGCUGGAUGUGGUCAAUGCUCGAGCAACCUAUAGUCUUUCAUUUGGAGGCACGUGUCCUGAUUUGUUUCUCCCAGAAGGCAACGGCACUUCUGGUUCUGUUGCAUCCAUAUCAGGAACCAAAUCUUCCAAGGCAGCUUACCCGAUUAAGAGGGAGUGGACAUUGUAUCUGCCAAAAGCUUAUAACCCUUUAUUGCUUCAGCAGCACCGGCAAAUUUUGCAGAAGGCCAGGAAGGAUGUCAGUAAUGCUACUAAUGAAAUCAGGAGGCAAAAGCAAGGUGAGAUUAUGUCACGAAAGGGAGAUGCAGAUAUAGAUCUUUUAUCCUUAGAAAUGCAGGUUACCACUCUAGAACAAGCUCAACCAGUUCCAGUUGACUUUUUUAUAGAUCAUAAAACUCGGGUCUUGGUCAUAACUGGCCCUAAUACCGGAGGCAAAACCAUUUGCUUAAAGACUGUUGGAUUGGCGGCUAUGAUGGCUAAAUCAGGUCUUCACGUUUUAGCUUCUGAAUCUGUAAAAAUCCCUUGGUUUGAUGCUGUUUUUGCUGACAUUGGGGAUGAACAGUCCCUGUCCCAGUCUUUGUCUACCUUCUCUGGCCACUUGAAACGAAUAAGUGACAUUCAAUUUCACUCAACAAGUCAGUCAUUGGUGCUACUAGAUGAAGUUGGUGCGGGAACCAAUCCUCUUGAAGGUGCAGCAUUGGGGAUGUCAUUACUGGAGUCUUUUGCUGAAACUGGUGCUUUGUUGACAAUAGCUACGACACAUCAUGGAGAACUCAAAACCCUGAAAUACAGUAAUGACGCCUUCGAAAACGCAUGCAUGGAGUUCGAUGAAGUCAACUUGAAACCAACAUUCAAGAUUCUCUGGGGUGUACCAGGACGUUCAAAUGCAAUCAAUAUUGCUGAAAGGUUAGGACUCCCCAGUGCAAUUGUAGACAAUGCUCGUGAACUAUAUGGUGCAGCUAGUGCCGAGAUAGAUGAGGUCAUAACUGAUAUGGAAAGGUUCAAGCAAGAUUUCAAGGAGCAAUUAGAGGAAGCGCAACAUCAUGUGCUGCUCUCAAAGGAUCUUUAUGAAAAUCUGUUGGUCGCAAGAAGGAAGAUAAUGGAACAUAGCACCGAUCUAAGAUUAAGGAAGAUGCGUGAAAUAUCCGAGGCUGCAGCAGUGGCACGUUCUAUUCUUCACAGGAAAGUGCGACAGCAUCGUGCAUCUGUAAUUCAAUCUUCACAGCCAAAUCCAGCUGAUAAAAGCCGACAUUCAUUAGGAAUUAAUGGCCAGCAUAACACAGCAGAAUACAGCGAACCUCCUAUUGCAUCUAAGAGUGCAUCUUUUGUUGAAGAUAUUAAGAAAUCACCAUCAGAGAAGUCUCAGCUUCCUAAGAUUGGCGAUAUAGUGUAUGUUUCUUCUCUUGGGAGGAGGGUGACAGUUUUAAGAGUGGAGCCAUCUAAAAAUGAAAUAGUUGUGCAAAGUGGUAACAUGAAGCUGAAGUUAAAGCUCAAUGAUGUUCAGACAUGACUAACAAGGUCUAGUAAUGGUUCUGUUUCACCAUAAAUUAGUCAGCAACUCAGAAGUGGUUAACAGAAUCUAUCAGCAAGGAAAGGGUGAGGAGACCCUCACCAUGGAAUUUGGAAUUCAUGUAUCUCAUAUUUUCAGCCAUGCUCCAAAGACAUUAUGGAGCUAUAAGUUUGAAUUUCUGCUACCCUUUCUGAAUUUGAUCUUCCUCCCAUUGUCUGAUCUCAGCAACUCGGUCAUGUUGAUGUAUAUUCUUUCUACCACUCAUAUAUAUAUGAAUGUAUGUAUGUAUGUAUAUGUAUAUAUGUUGCACAUGGAGGUAUCGUCUGACUUGUAUGUCAAGCCUUAUGGGAAGGCAGAUCGUGUUGGCCGGAUACCCUUUUUAUCUGGUGUACUCAAGGAGCGGGACCAUUGGAAGAAAUGUUAGAUAGAUGGCCAGAAACUUUCUGAAAUGAAAUGUGAAUUUCCAAAACCAGAUGUUUUAAUACUUCAACGAGACAAUUCAUAGUGCAAAGAUAUCCUUGGCAAUGCAAACCCAUAUGCUAGUGGAGGCUCCACAAAAUCAGAAAAAAAAAAAAAAAACUGUGACAUCUCGGAGAUGCUAAAGAAAAGCUGCACAGUAUACUUCUGUUUUACUUAAUUUCUAGUUUAGUUGAACAAUAGAAAUCUAAAGAAUGUCACAGCAAUAAAGAAAUGCUACCCCAUUUAUCCCAUUGGUCGGUCUUCAGAUCAGAUGAUCAAUGAUCUAUCUUGUUAAAUGUGACAGGAAAGUUCAUAUUAGAUGGUGAGAUUAUUUUGACUUCCUGGAAAA